AUGACAAAAGAAUCAUAUUAUUCUUAUAUAUAUUAUCAUAAUGAAAAUAAUAAAAUUUUAGUAAAUUUAUCAUCAAAUAAUAGCAAUAUGCAAUCGUCUAAAAAAUGUUAUAUAAGAGGAAACAAUUACAAAUUUUCUCUUUUAUUAAAAAUAAUUACAUCUUCAAUUUUAAUAGCAUUAUCAUAUCACGUUUCCUAUACUAGUUAUAUACUUUAUUUUAUAACAAAUUAUAUUUUUGAUGUAUCUUUUAAGAUAAUAUAUAUUACAUCAAGUUGUAUAAUUCAAUAUUUAUAUCCAAUAUAUGUUUUAUGUUUUUUUAUAAUUUUUUAUAAUUUUUUACAAUUUUUUAUACUACAGAAUAACUCUAAUAAUACUUGGAGUAAUAAUAAUAAUAAAAAUGAUCUGAAUAAAUUUAAUAAAUUAUUUAAAAGAAUAUUAAGUGAGUUAGAUGAAAUAAAUGGGUUCACAUCUGAAAUAAGAGAUGUAUCUUUUGAGAAUCCAGAAAAUCGUGAAGAAAACGAAAUAGAUAAUUUAGACCAAAAUAUUAGUGAGAAUUUAAACUUAGAUAAUGAUAUAUUAAAUAAUAUACUUGGUGAGCAAGCGUUGAGUGAAUAUGCAGAUAAUGAUGAAGAAUCUGAUAAUGAUUCUGUAAAUAGCAAUUUAAGUGAUACACAAUAUGAACAAACAUAUAAUGGUGCAUUAGACAACGGCCUAGAAAUUGAAGAUGAUAGUAAAGAAGAAAAAGAAAAUGAUGAAAUAAGUACUAAUGCCUCCGAUACCAUAGAAACACCCGAAGGUACAUCUGAACCAGAUAGUGAUAGCACUGUAGUGGGGCGGGUUGAAGAAGUAGUAGAACAAAUAAAAGUAGAACAAGUAGAAGUAGAACAUGCUGAACAACCUGAGCAAGUAGAAGUAGAACAUGUUGAACAGCCUGAACAAGAAGAAAUAGAACAUGCUGAAGAAGAUAAACAAGAAGAAGUAGAGCAUGCUGAACAACCUGAACAAGUAGAAGUAGAACAUGCUGAAGAAGAUAAACAAGAAGAAGUAGAGGAUACUGAACAACCCGAACAAGUAGAAGUAGAACAUGCUGAAGAGGAUAAACAAGAAGAAGUAGAGCAUGCUGAACAACCUGGACAAGUAGAAGUAGAACAUUCUGAAGAAGAUAAACAAGAAGAAGCAGAGGAUACUGAACAACCUGAACAAGUAGAAGUAGAACAUGCUGAAGAAGAUAAACAAGAAGAAGUAGAAAAUUCUGAAGAAGAACAAGAAGAAAUAGAGCAUGUUGAAGAAGAUGGACAAAUAGAAGUAGAGCAUGCUGAACAACCUGAACAAGUAGAAGUAGAACAUUCUGAAGAAGAUAAACAAGAAGAAGCAGAGGAUACUGAACAACCUGAACAAGUAGAAGUAGAACAUGCUGAAGAAGAUAAACAAGAAGAAGUAGAGCAUGUUGAACAGCCUGAACAAGAAGAAAUAGAACAUGCUGAAGAAGAUAAACAAAUAGAAGUAGAGCAUGCUGAACAACCUGAACAAGUAGAAGUAGAACAUGUUGAACAGCCUGCACAAGAAGAAAUAGAACAUGCUGAAGAAGAUAAACAAGAAGAAGUAGAGCAUGCUGAACAACCUGGACAAGUAGAAGUAGAACAUUCUGAAGAAGAUAAACAAGAAGAAGCAGAGGAUACUGAACAACCUGAACAAGUAGAAGUAGAACAUGCUGAAGAGGAUAAACAAGAAGAAGUAGAGCAUGCUGAACAACCUGAACAAGUAGAAGUAGAACAUGUUGAACAGCCUGAACAAGAAGAAAUAGAACAUGCUGAAGAAGAUAAACAAGAAGAAGUAGAGCAUGCUGAACAACCUGAGCAAGUAGAAGUAGAGCAUGUUGAACAACCUGAACAAGAAGAAAUAGAACAUUCUGAAGAAGAUAAACAAGAAGAAAUAGAGCAUGUUGAACAACCUGAACAAAUAGAAGUAGAGCAUGUUGCAGAAGAUGAACGAAUAGAAGUAGAACAUGUUGAACAACCUGAACAAGAAGAAAUAGAACAUGCUGAACAACCUGGACACAUAGAAGUAGAGCAGGUUGCAGAAGAUGAACAGGUUGAAGUAGAGCAUGUUGAACAACCUGAACAAGAAGAAGUAGAAUAUGUUGAACAACCUGAACAAAUAGAAGUAGAGCAUGUUGCAGAAGAUGAACGAAUAGAAGUAGAACAUGUUGAACAACCUGAACAAGAAGAAAUAGAACAUGCUGAACAAUCUGAACACAUAGAAGUAGAGCAGGUUGCAGAAGAUGAACAGGUUGAAGUAGAGCAUGUUGAACAACCUGAACAAGAAGAAGUAGAAUAUGUUGAACAGCCUGAACAAAUAGAAGUAGAACAUUCUGAAGAAGAUGAACAGGUUGAAGUAGAACAUGUUGAACAACCUGAACAAGAAGAAGUAGAACAUUCUGAAGAAGAUGAACAAGAAGAAGUAGAACAUGUUGAACAACCUGAACAAAUAGAAAUAGAACAUUCUGAAGAAGAUGAACAGGUUGAAGUAGAACAUUCUGAAGAAGAUGAACAGGUUGAAGUAGAAUAUGUUGAAGAGCCUGAACAAAUAGAAGUAGAACAUUCUGAAGAAGAUGAACAGGUUGAAGUAGAACAUGUUGAACAACCUGAACAAGAAGAAGUAGAAUAUGUUGAACAACCUGAACAAAUAGAAAUAGAACAUUCUGAAGAAGAUGAACAGGUUGAAGUAGAACAUGUUGAAGAAGAUGAACAAAUAGAAGUAGAACAUGCUGAACAACCUGAACAAGAAGAAGUAGAACAUUCUGAAGAAGAUGAACAAGAAGAAGUAGAACAUGUUGAACAACCUGAACAAAUAGAAAUAGAACAUUCUGAAGAAGAUGAACAAGAAGAAGUAGAAAAUUCUGAAGAACAAGAAGAAAUAGAGCAUGUUGAAGAAGAUGAACAAAUAGAAGUAGAGGAUGCUGAACAACCUGAACAAGUAGAAGUAGAACAUUCUGAAGAAGAUGAACAAGAAGAAGUAGAAAAUUCUGAAGAAGGACAAGAAGAAAUAGAGCAUGUUGAAGAAGAUGAACAAAUAGAAGUAGAGGAUGCUGAACAACCUGAACAAGUAGAAGUAGAACAUUCUGAAGAAGAUGAACAGGUUGAAGUAGAACAUGUUGAAGAAGAUGAACAAAUAGAAGUAGAGGAUGCUGAACAACCUGAACAAGUAGAAGUAGAAAAUUCUGAAGAAGAACAGAUAGAAGUAGAACAUGUUGAACAACCUGAACAAGAAGAAAUAGAACAUUCUGAAGAAGAUGAACAAGAAGAAGUAGAACAUUAUGAAGAAGAUGAACAAGAAGAAGUAGAAAAUUCUGAAGAAGAACAAGAAGAAAUAGAACAUGGUGAAGAAGAUGAACAAGAAGAAAUAGAACAUUAUGAAGAAGAUGAACAAGAAGAAAUAGAACAUUAUGAAGAAGAUGAACAGGUUGAAGUAGCACAUGUUGAAGAAGAUGAACAAGAAGAAGUAGAACAUUAUGAAGAAGAUGAACAGGUUGAACAACCUGAACAAGAAGAAAUAGAAAAUUCUGAAGAAGAACAGAUAGAAGUAGAACAUGUUGAACAACCUGAACAAGAAGAAGUAGAAAAUUCUGAAGAAGAACAAGAAGAAAUAGAGCAUGUUGAAGAAGAUGAACAAAUAGAAGUAGAACAUGUUGAACAACCUGAGCAAGAAGAAAUAGAACAUGCUGAACAACCUGAACAAAUAGAAGUAGAAAAUUCUGAAGAAGAACAGAUAGAAGUAGAACAUGUUGAACAACCUGAACAAGAAGAAAUAGAACAUUCUGAAGAAGAUGAACAAGAAGAAGUAGAACAUUAUGAAGAAGAUGAACAAGAAGAAGUAGAAAAUUCUGAAGAAGAACAAGAAGAAAUAGAACAUGGUGAAGAAGAUGAACAAGAAGAAAUAGAACAUUAUGAAGAAGAUGAACAAGAAGAAAUAGAACAUUCUAAAGAAGAUGAACAGGUUGAACAACCUGAACAAGAAGAAAUAGAACAUGUUGAAGAAGAUGAACAAGAAGAAGUAGAGCAUGCUGCAGAAGAUGAACAAAUAGAAGUAGAACGUGUUGAACAACCUGAACAAGAAGAAAUAGAAUAUUAUGAAGAAGAUGAACAAGAAGAAAUAGAACAUUCUGAAGAAGAUGAACAAAUAGAAGUAAAACACGUUGAACAGCCUGAACAGGUAGAAGUAGAACAUGUUGAAGAAGAUAAAAAAGAAGAAGAAAAAAAAAUAAUAAUGUCUAUGAAAGGCGAAGCAAGCAGUUUAUAUGAAAUAUUUUCUCAUAUGGUUAUGGAUCUAUCUUUAAUUAUGAAUCCAAAUAAAGUUAGUGAUGAUGAAUUAAUAAGAAUAUUCAAAGAUUAUCAAGAUAAUCUUAAUAGAAAAUAUAAUUUGGGAUUCGAUACAAUGGAUAAACUCGAAAAAGAAGGAAAUGGAGGCAUAGUAGAACCCUCUAAUAAUGAUGUUGAAUUGAAGGAAAAUGCAAACGAUUUCUUAAAAGAUACAUUGGAAAUUUCAAAGGAAAGUGGAAAAGAGGAUGAUGUUCCUUCACUUAUGUAUACUCGUAAAUUCACGAAAAAUUCUUCAGGUUAUGAUAUUCAACAAAUAAAAGAGAAUUCAACAGAUGAAGACUCUAAGAAAAUUAAAGGAUAUGCAAUGGGAAUGGGAUUCCGAGGUAUGAUUAAUUAUUAUAGAUCAUUAGCUUUUCAAAAAUUAAAAGAAUUAAUAACGCUUGCAGCAAAUAAAUUCAAAGAUAGUGUUAAAACAUUGUAUGAUCGAUUUAAAACUACAAAAGUAUUUGAAUAUAUAGAUAAACAUAUACAAAGGGUGGAAACGAUUAAAAUCAAUGCUGUAGCUUAUCUAGACAUGAUAGGAAUAAAUACAAAGAACAUUAAAAAGGGAUUGAAAAUAACAAAGAAGAUUAUACUUAAAAUAGCUGAAUUAACUUUAGAAGCAUUAAGACCCAUAUAUGACCUUGCCAAAAGAAGGGUCAAAUAUUAUGGAAUUGAUCAUCAUAUAAAGGAGCUUGCCGAAUACAUAAAAGAAGAAUUAAGUUUUAGUAUAGCAUUAUAUACUGGAUUAAGUGUAAUUGGAUAUUUACUUUUUAAUUCGAUAUAUGCUUCUUUAUUAUCUUCAUUAAUUAUAAUUUUGUUUAUUCCAUAUGUACUUGAACGUAUGCCAAGAAAUGCUUAA